GGGCUGCAGUCAGCGUUUUGAAACUUUGGGAACACGAUGGUCCAGGUUCCGUACUUCACCGCUCUCACUACGUACUUUGCCUAUGCUCUGCUGUUUGCUAUCGGCCAUAUCCGAGAUUUCUUUUCAUGCCUACUAUGGAAAGAAAAGGUGGCAGACGGCUAUGCCCCCUUAACUGGGGACUUUGGCGACUUUUACAUUCGGUGGGUCUAUCAUCGGAUCCACGACUGCUUCAAUCGACCGAUCUGCAGUUCGCCGGGGGCGUGGAUCGAUGUGGUGGGCAGAGAGAGGCUAGGCACGAGCAACUGGAUCCUGAAGAAUACUGGCGGGGUGAGGCGGUGUCUGAACCUCGGGUCGUAUAAUUAUUUGGGCUUUGCCGCGCAAGACGAGUACUGCACGGUAAAGGCGAUCGAAACGUUGGAAAGGUUUGGCGCGAGCACAUGCAGCGGAUGCUUUGACGCGGGCAAAACGACCGUCCACGAGGAGCUUGAAAACCUCGUAGCGGAGUACCUUGGCAAGGAAGAUGCCAUUGUCUACGGCAUGGGCUUUGCGACCAAUUCCAGCACGCUCCCCGCGCUCGUCGGGAAAGGCUGUCUCGUGAUCAGCGACUCGUUGAAUCACUCGUCGAUUGUUGUUGGUGUACGGGGCUCGGGUGCGAGGGUUAAGGUCUUCAAGCACAACAACCCCGAGCACCUUGAGAAAGUCAUACGGGAGUCCAUUGCGGAGGGGCAGCCACGCACGCACAGGCCGUGGAAGAAGAUUCUUAUCGUGAUUGAAGGCGUGUACAGCAUGGAGGGGGAAAUCGCACGAUUGCCGGAGAUAGUGGCUAUCAAGAAUGCGUACAAGGCGUACUUGUACUUGGACGAGGCGCAUAGCAUAGGAGCCAUGGGUCAGACUGGAAGGGGAAUCUGCGAGUACACCGGGGUGCCCUUCGCCGAUGUCGACAUCUUGAUGGGCACCUUCACCAAGUCCUUCGGCUCCUGCGGGGGGUACAUUGCAGGCUCCAAGGAUCUGAUCACACAUUUACGGCACACGAGCCCCUGUCACACGUAUGCGACGUCGAUGUCACCAGCUGCCGUCCAGCAAGUGACCAGUUCGCUUAAGGUCAUCAUGGGGAGGGAUGGGAGUCGUAGAGGGGCCGAGAAGCUCCGAAAUCUCAGAGAGAACAGCAAUUGGUUCAGGCAGGAGCUCCUCAAGCUCGGCUGCCAGGUUCUGGGCGAUGAAGAUUCUCCCGUCAUCCCCAUUAUGGUAUACAACCCGGGCCGAAUGGCGGAAUUCUCCCGCGAAUGUUUGAAACGCCACGUGGCGAUCGUCGUUGUCGGGUUCCCGGCCUGUUCGCUCAUCCUCGAACGGGCCCGGUUUUGUAUCUCAGCAUCCCACACGCGGAAGGAUUUGGAGUACGCGAUCGACGUAAUUCGCGAAGUGGGUACGAUCAUGCGGAUCUUUUGGGGCAAACCGACACCUGACCUGUUGGCCGAUGUACCAUCCCUUGCUGCCAAGUUAGCAGCAAAAACACAAUAACUGACCAACUGUUGAAUUGCAGGCCGGAGUUUGAAUCCUGUGCAAUGACAUAACUCUUAAAAAAAAAAAAAAAAAAAAGAGAAACAGCGAUGCCGCUCCCCGUUGUGGGUUAUGGGUGCUGUUAGUGAACAGGGCAGUGGUGCUGCUCGCACUAUUCUGUGAGCAAUAAACCCGACUCUGACGUCUGUGCAAGGCAGGCAAGAAAACUGCUCAGGACGUGAUCCUCUAUUUUGGACCAUGUAAGAGCCCAGGUUGCAGAUCAGGCUCGGUCAGGGCCAAAUUCAGGCAAACGACAGGAGGAUGCUGCCGAUGAACAGGGCAAUUGGUGCCGCUUUCUCUGUUCUUAUGCACAAUAAGCAUGAAUCUGGCUUUACAGGAAGACUGGGUUCAAGCAGCUAAUUCCAGGCUAUGCAGGGAUGAAUAAUACGCUCUCUUCUGGACUAUGUUUAAGCUGAUGCUCGUGAAAAAAACAAAGUAGCACAAAAGAGAGUGUAUUACUCAUCCCUGCAUAGCCUGGAAUUAGCUGCUUGAACCCAGUCUUCCUGUAAAGCCAGAUCCACUACGGAUUUGGUCAGUGGAACCUGACACUCGGAAGCCAAGCAGGUUGUAAAGAUCUUUUUUUUCAACAUCUUGAAUCCAGUGGAUUUGGUCAAUGGACAUGACUGGGUUCAACCUGUUUGCUGGGAAAACUAUCUAUGUGUGUGCGCCAUUGAGUUAUAUUGAUCUUCAACAUCUUGAAUUCAGCGGAUUUGGUCGAUGGUCGACGAUGGACAUGACUGGUCUAUAUGAGUGGAUUUCGCCAUUUGCCAUUGCAGCGUGAUGAUGGAAAAAGGACCGAUGUACAUGAGUGCUUCCGGUUGAUGGCAUUGAACGGAUCCCCCUGAAGAAGAGGACUGGUGUAUUUGGGUGCAUUUGGUCGACGGCGUUGAGCAGAUACAGAUGCGGACCUCUGUGCGCGCCAUCGAGUUGUUAUAUUGAUCUUCAACAUUUUGAAUCCAGUGGAUUUGGUUGAUGGACAUGACUGGUCUUUAUGAGUGGAUUUUGCCAUUUGCCAUUGCAGCGUGAUGAUGGAAGAAGGACCGAUGUACAUGAGUGCAUUUGGUCGAUGGCAUUGAACGGAUCCCCCUGAAGAAAAGGACUGGUGUACUUGAGUGCAUGCGGUCGAUGGCGUUGAACAGAUCCAGACGCGGACCUCUUUUCUCGUAAGGCUAAACUUCUGUUUUUAUUAUAUCCCUAACUGGGCUCGAAGCAGACUGGAGUGCCCACGGCGGCCGGCUUCAAAAUCUGAAAGGCCUACUUCAUCCAGGUCUGACCCUCCUCCUACGAGCCCAACCGACGGUGGCAUGAACCUGGUCAUCCAUGUGGCCAUAUGCAUGCUGUCUAAGCAGGCUGGCAGGCUGCUACAGGCCCAGUAGUCGCCCCGGCCAAUUGAUACCUUGUCCUUAACAGCAUCGGUGGCCAGAGGUGUGUUUCCUAUGAGCUCAUGAUAGGACGGACUUAAAAAUUCUUUUAAAAUUCUUUAAAAAUAGUAAAAAAACUAUUUUUGACAAGUCUGGGACCCCGAUCGUAGGACCCCUAAAGGUUUGAGACAGACGGGAAUGACGGGCUUCGGAUUAGAAACAAAUAUUGAAAUUAAUC